CAUUUAUGAAAUCAUUUGUAGCUUUCUUUGAUCAAUCAUUAGGGUUUCAUUUGUUUAACUUUUAUGUUUAAAUUGUCUUGCUUCUUCUAUUUCAGAUAAAACAAGGAGUAUGAAUGAUUCUCUGCACGAGAAAAAUGAUUAUGGGUUUAUUCAAAAGGGUUGGUGGACAGACCUUCUUCACCAAAAUAUUUAUAAGGAACUUGAUUACAGCGGCAAAAUGGUUUUGCUGCUUGACAUCAUAACCAUGUGUUCAGAUGUGGGUGACAAGGCACUGGUUUUUAGUCAGAGCAUUCCAACUUUAGAUCUGAUAGAACUAUAUCUUUCACGAUUACCGAGACGUGGAAAAAAGGGGAAGUUAUGGAAAAAGGGGAAAGACUGGUAUAGACUGAAUGGAAAAACAGAAAGUUCCGAAAGACAAAAGUUGGUUGAGAGGUUUAAUGAGCCGACGAACAAAAGAGUCAAGUGUACUUUGAUCUCUACGAGAGCUGGCUGUCUUGGGAUUAAUCUAUAUGCUGCAAACCGUGUAAUUAUUGUUGAUGGUUCUUGGAAUCCUACAUAUGAUCUUCAAGCUAUAUUCCGGGCCUGGAGGUAUGGCCAGAGAAAGCUGUUGUUUGCUUAUCGAUUGAUGGCACGUGGGACUAUGGAAGAAAAAAUUUAUAAGAUUCAGGUGACAAAAGGUCUUGCUGCAAGGGUGGUCGAUAGACAACAAUUACAUAGGACUAUAUCUAAGGAGGAGAUGUUACAUCUGUUUGAAUUUGGUGAGGAAGAGAAUUUCGAUACUUUGAUGGAACUUAGUGAAGAGAAUGGAAACCAGAAUAUGCCUAAUCAAGGUGGAAAGUCACUGAACCAGAAGAUCUCGCUCUCUCAUGGAAGCUGUUCCUCUGACAAAGUAAUGGAAAGUUUACUUGUCAAACAUCAUCCAAGGUGGAUUGCCAAUUUCCAUGAACAUGAGACCCUUUUGCAAGAGAAUGAAGAUGAAAAGCUCUCGAAAGAAGAGCAAGAUAUGGCUUGGGAAGUCUAUCGAAAAACCUUAGAAUGGGAAGAGGUGCAGCGAGUAUCCCUUGAUGAAUCUGCAGCAGCUGCAGAUCGCAGGCCUGUUGUUCCCAAUGUGCCCCCUCCUAAACCAGAGCCCGUGAAGAAUCACCUAACAAAACCCCAGGGCAUUUUCAGGAGUCGGAUUGUGCAACGGAAAUGUACUAAUCUUGCCCACAUGCUCACUCUCAAAAGCUAGGGCACAAAAUUCGGUUGUAGUACUGUAUGCGGUGAGUGCGCCCGGGAGAUAAGCUGGGAGAAUGUAAAUAGGGACAACAAAAUAUCAAGGUAGCAAAGAGAGAAUGAUCAACUUAUUCUCCAUAAUAUCGAGUUUCCAAUGUAAUUUGUUGUGAUUGUACAUGACAGCUUAUGAGGUCAGUUCAAUCCCCCUUUUUUAACA